AUGAAAAGCGUACCAGUAAAGCCUCUGGCAAAAAUAGAAGCAGACGUAGAUCUUCGUCUUCAAGUUCGAGUGAUUGUAGAAGCAAAAGAAGACGAGAUCAGCGAUCUCGCAGAUCUAGAAGUAGGGAUAGGUCUAAGGAAAAGUACUCGAGAAACAGAAUUUACGAGUAAACCGAAGAAAAGGUCAAGCUCAGAAUCGAGUUCUAGUAGCAGCAGUGGCGGCAAACAAGACAAAUAUAAAUCCAAAAGGAAAGAAAAUACAGCUUCCAAAGAAAAGGAAAUUACCAACAAAAGCAAGAAGAGCGAUAAACGAGACUCACCAGACUGUGUGAUAGUAGAUAAUGACAUAUUGGAGGAAAUUAACGAUAACAGUUUCGCCCCAAAACAAUUUACUUCUAGCAAAUCCAAAAAGGUUCCAGACAACAUUGUCAUCGAUUUGAGGAAGAAUACCAUUAAAGUACCGGAAAUCGAGCAAGUUGAACCCGACAGCAUAUUUCACCAUAGUUUGUUUUUGAAUGAAGAGGCUCGUAUGGAGAAGUGGGUUCGAGAGUUGUACACGUUCAGACAAAAGGCGCUACAGCAAGGAGCGAAAAUUAUCAAGCAGAAAACUGUGUCGGAGCUUUGUGAAAUAAAAUCGUGCCCGUAUUGUUACGGCAAGAACAUGUGUAAUGAGAUAGCAAAGAAUAAAAUAACUUUACAUUAUGGGCGCGUUUCGGAUUUCAUUUACAACAUUCUCAGUGUGAAGAACGUGUUUUUCGCCACCUACGACAAUAAGCCAGUGAUUCUGAAGAAGUUGGCGCACAAUUCAGAGUUGCGAAAGUUCGAUAGAGAAAUCAACGAUAAGAUCAUCAACCUGAAAUUGCUGAAGGGCACGUUGAACUUCAAACUCACUCAAACUCUCGAUAAUUCGGAGUUUCCUCCUUUCUACAUCUGCGAUAAUGAAACGUUCGAUGCUUUUUGGGAGGUGCUGAAUUUAUCGAAUAUCAAAAGCACGUAUACCGUGUUGAGCAUUAACGCUGAACCGAUACUGUUUCAACUAUUCAACAAAGAACAAGCGUUUCCUGUACCCAAGUUCUACGGAGCCUGCGGUAGGCUAACUGUUCAAGAAAACGCCGGGAGGCCUCUGUUGAACAUCGAAAAGUUCACGUGGUACCAAAGGGCGAAAGUGGCCUUUAACUUACUCAACGCAGCUCUAAACUUCACGGAUAAGCAUCGCGAGUUCCGUCUGUACUUGACCGAUAUAUCCCCGGACAACAUAGCAGUGGAUCACGAUCUCGAAGUGAGUUUCAUCGACCUCGAACACGCCAUUUUAAAGAAGAAAUCCAGCGAUUCUUCCAGUUCUAAAACACAUUACACCAGGCAUGAUGAAGUGGAGUAUUCUUUCGAUCCGAAGGCCAUUUGUGCUGGAACAUUGAGCGAUCAUAACGUAUAUGGAAUUUGUCGAUUACUACUUUCGAAAAACGCUCCCUGGCCUAUGAUGGAAGGCGGACUUCUCUACAAUCCCCCGAAGAACAUCACGAGUCGGCACUCGAAGCUGUUCAGCCACAUCGAAGCUUGUGUUGAUUCGGAUACCAAAGAGAGCAGAUUCGACAUAAGCAAUAAGAUACUGAAAGACUUGGAGUUUAUUUUGAAGAAAGCGAAAAUAAAAAAUUUAAUCUAA